CAGAAAAUCGUCUUCCCGUCUUCCCCCCAGUCCGCCUUCCUUCCCAAUCAACCUCGGUCAGACAACCAGUGUAAAGGGGCGAGGCAAGCGACGGUCCAAGCGCCGCCGGUCCCCCCUCUCUCACUGCGGGAUCCUUCUCAAUCCGCUGCUGUCGCCACUCGCCACAGCACCGCUCCUCUCUCGAGUAGUGGCGUGGAGAUCCAACCGGACGUGGAUUGGUUUCUUCUUUCGUUGGUUCCUCUUCUCCUUUUUCAGCACCCCAGAUCGCUCUUUUCUCCAUCAGUGCUCACCAAAAUACUUGUUGGUACCCAAUUAAAGUGCGGUCCAAGAACAUUUCGGGUUGAGGAUGAGCUUCCGGGAUCAGGAGAGCGGCGGGGAGGAUGGGGGACGGUCGUCCUCGCCGUCGGACCUGCGGAAGCCGCUCAUAAACACCGGGAGCUGGUACCGGAUGCCAGCGGCGGGGGGCAUGGGCUCGCGGCAAUCUAGUCUUAUGGAGCGCCUAGGCUCCUCCGCCUUCUCUCUCCGCGACGUCUCUGUCUCGGCUACGCUUUGCACGCUCAUUGUCGCGCUAGGUCCCAUCCAGUUCGGAUUCACCUGCGGCUAUUCCUCUCCCACCCAAGACGCCGUCAUUGCUGAUCUCGGGCUCUCCCUCUCUGAGUUCGCGCUGUUCGGAUCACUGUCGAACGUCGGGGCGAUGGUGGGCGCCAUCACCAGUGGGCAGAUUGCAGAGUACAUCGGCCGCAAGGGGUCUCUCAUGAUCGCCGCAGUUCCAAACAUUAUUGGGUGGCUCGCAAUAUCAUUUGCAAAGGAUUCCUCCUUUUUGUUUAUGGGCCGGCUGCUAGAAGGAUUUGGAGUUGGUGUAAUAUCCUACACAGUACCCGUUUAUAUUGCAGAAAUUGCUCCACAGGACAAGAGGGGAGCUCUUGGUUCUGUCAACCAGCUCUCUGUUACAAUUGGUAUAUUGCUUGCCUACCUGUUUGGCAUGUUUGUUCCCUGGAGAAUUCUUGCUGUUUUAGGCAUCUUACCUUGUUCAAUCCUGAUACCUGGAUUGUUCUUUGUCCCUGAAUCUCCAAGGUGGCUGGCAAAAAUGGGAAAGAUGGAAGAUUUUGAAUAUUCACUGCAAGUCCUGCGAGGAUUUCAGACGGACAUCACAGCAGAAGUAAAUGAAAUAAAGAGAUCAGUAACAUCGUCAAGGAGGAGGACAACAAUACGGUUCGCUGAUAUCAAGCAGAAAAGAUAUAGUGUUCCCCUUAUGAUAGGAAUAGGUCUCCUCGUACUGCAGCAAGUAAGCGGUGUCAAUGGCAUUCUAUUUUAUGCUGGAAGUAUCUUCAAAGCUGCUGGUAUUACAAAUAGCAAUCUAGCAACAUUUGGUUUGGGGGUUGUUCAGGUGAUUGCUACUGGAGUGACAACCUGGCUGACUGACAAAGCUGGUCGACGGCUUCUUCUCAUUAUCUCUGCUACAGGAAUGACCAUUACUCUUGUUAUUGUUUCUGUGUCAUUUUUUGUGAAGGACAACAUAACCAGUGGUUCUCAUUUGUACUCUGUAAUGAGUAUGCUUUCGCUGGCUGGACUUGUGGCAUUUGUGGUUUCAUUUUCUCUUGGCAUGGGAGCCAUUCCCUGGAUCAUAAUGUCUGAGAUUCUUCCUGUUAAUAUUAAGAGCCUUGCUGGAAGUGUUGCAACCCUUGCAAACUGGUUGACAGCAUGGGCCAUUACUAUGACUGCAAGCUUGAUGUUGAGCUGGAGCAAUGGAGGAACCUUUGCUAUCUAUGCUGCGGUGUGUACCAUGACCCUCAUUUUUGUGUGCUUGUGGGUGCCGGAGACCAAGGGAAGAACGCUCGAGGAAAUCGCAUUCUCGUUCCGCUGAGGCCACAGGUGCAGGUCAAACGGUAGGCAUCAAGAUGAAAUCCUGGGAACCCUUUCAACGCUCGAUUGGGCUCCAGCAUACGGCGUUCGGCAUUCGGCAACAGAUUUUAUUCCAUGCGGUAUCGAGUUGCGCCUCUGGGACGUUUAAUCCAUGAAAUCCGCUGUAUUCUUGCAGCCAUAUUUUGUUUGGAUGUACCAUGUUGUGUGUUUAUGUAUGUACCAUAUGAUAUUGUAGCAAGAGGCAAGUGUGUUUCUAUAUGUACGAUAUGGUACAGUAGCAAAAGGCACUGAACCCCUGUAUGGGGUGUGCGGGAGAGCAAUUUGUUGAUUGUAUUGGACAGCUAUUCCAUUGCCUGCUGGAACAAUGGGGAUAAUAAAUUUUUGAUCAAAUGUAUC